AUGUCUCGCCUUGGUGGAGUCAAAAAGAGAGACAAAGAUAUUCUGAUGGAUCACGAUGAAGUUAUUCCUAAACAUAUACUUGAGCAGUUCGAAAAACGCUUGGAACUGUGGAAAAAGGAUGAUCAACAGUUUGUAAGCACUGAAGCAGAGAAACAUGUAAUGCAAAAAGUUUUGACACAAAGUUCAGUUACACUGGUUGGAAAUUCUGGCACUGGAAAAACUUUUCUUUCUAAACACAUUGCCCUAAUAAUGAAGAAACAUGGCUAUACUGUAAUUCCAUGUAGUAAACCAGAAGAUAUUGGAAAAUGGUUUAAACAUGGGAGGAAAACUUUGUUUGUAUUUGAUGACGUCUGUGGCCGAUAUACUCUUAAUCAACAAAUUUACACUGACUGGAAACAAAGACUUGAUCAGUAUCAAAUAAAUGCGUAUCAUCACUAG